AUGGCACUACCACUACAGGAGCUGACCUCACCGCCGCAGGAAAAGGCAUCGCCACUACAGGAAGUGAUAUCACCACCACAGAAAGAGACAUCACCACCCCAGGAAGAGAUAUCAUUACUGCCACGGGAGACAUCACUACCGCAGGACGAGAUAUCACUACCUCAUCGGGAAGAAACAUCACUAACACAGCAUCAUGCGCCCAUUAUAAGCGUAGCUGCGAAAGCUCUGGCAAAGAAGGAUAUCCCCGUUGUGGAGUAUGGGCAGCAGAUACAGUGGCGCUACGGAGACCCUGUGGUCCUUCUGCGUGUGGAGUGGGCAGUCCCCGAUGAACUGCUCUCGAUCGCGUCAGAAACUCUAUCGGACUUGGAUUUCCCUCGUGUGCCCCCGUCCACAGAAGCCGUUGUUUACUUCUACGGAGAAUGGGAGCGAGCUUGCAUUAUCCACCGGUUGGGCCAGGGAUGUCCGGUAUAUCUCUACUCGCGGUCAUUCAUCGGCCUUGCGCUUCAGGACACCUGCCAAGUCACAUCCACCUUUGACCGCACACUCAAGAUCUUGACGCCCAAACCCCCCAAAUAUAUGGUGUCGUUGCUUCGUCAUCUCCUCAGCCACCCGCUUGAUGUUUUCAGACUUCGAGUAAAAGAUGAUCUACUGUCUUUUAUAUGCUUUUACAUUUUGCGUGAAAAGCCGCUGAAUACGAAGGUUGAGGGAUGGGACGACGAGAGCGAAGAAGAUUACCAAAAGAGAGUCGGAGAAGCAUUGAAGGAAAUGGAAACUUGGGAUUGGGGCGCUGGUAGAGAGGAAUAUCUCCGCAUUUCUGAAUCUGUUCUCCGAGACGCUCGGACUAUUGACCAGUUAACUUGCUGA